ACGAGAGACGACGUCGUUACUCACCAUCAGGGGAUUCUGGGGUGCAUUUGAAGAAUUUCGAACUGAGUAAGACAUAGCUGCCAUGAAAGAACUGCAUGACAUGGAGGCAAGGAGGAGAGAAGAACGGGCUCGGCAAAAGUGGGAGAAAGCCGAAGCUGCGAGACUGGAGGCGGAAGAACAGGAGAAUUGCGAGAAGUGGGAAGCUGGGGAGAAAGAGAGAAUAGAGCGAAAAGUUUUGAAGAAGAAAGAGAAGCAACGGAAGGAAGCGGAACGAAGAGCGGAGAUGCGAAAGGAUUUGGGAAUCCAAAUGAGGAUGGAGAUCCAGGGGAUACGUCAAGAGAUGCGACAUGAGUUGAGAGAUGAGCUAAUUGAAACCUUUAAGGAAGCGGUAUUACCAGCUACGCUACCAAGAUUGGACAAGGGCAAGAUGAAGACGUUAUCGGUGAGCGGCUCAGAUUCUCAACAUAGCGAGGAGGAAAGUGAUACCAGACUGACUCAGGAAAUCACAGAGAAAGCUAAUCAGCUCAGCAAACCGGAGAAAAGAAAGAGGGGGUCGGAGCCUGUUUUCGAAGAUAGCCUUCCUAUGAAGUUGCCACCAAAAAGGACGCCGAAGAGGGUGACCAUAAAACCUCCCAAAUUGUGUGCUCGAUUAACAAAAUCGAAGGCGAAGCAAGUAGGGACUAAGAAACUAUCCCAAGUGAAGACACCACUGUCACGGCGAAAGACAUGUUUGAAAAAGACUACCCCGCUUCCGAAAUCAGCAACUAAAGGCUCGCUGGCACGCUUACGUUUCAAGAAUAAGGUGAGGCUGGAACUAAAGGACUUGGAUGCCACGAAACUCCAACGGAUCUGCAAAGAAGAGGGUGUACCAUAUGAUAAGAAGGUCGAGGCCAUUUUCGAUAUUGUCGAGCGUCGGGCAAUCGUUGCAUUUCGAGAUGAAGCUGCUGCGAAUGAAGAGAUCAUUCACUUGGAGUCUGAAACUUGUAAGGAGCCCGUGGCAGAAGGAGAACAGUAAUGGGACUUCAGUGUAUCGCAAUUAUGGCAACUUUGCAUAAUUUUGUCGCGUUUCCGAUGUAGAUCCUUUUCUGUUAAUCGUAGGAUUGAACGGAGCUGUUAUUCUAUCAUUAAUGCUACGAGAUGAAAUUCGUUGGACAUAAAGUAGAGUUUUUGUCCAUGAAUGUUGUCUUGGAUUUGAAGAGGCGCCUGGAGGGCCUAGUAAUUACCGUUAUCGAUAGAAAUCCUGGAGAAUUUGUGGUACUCUACCCAUAUGUGUAUCAUGAAGCGAUGCUCAGGACUUCUGUCUAUAAUCUGGGUUACAAGAUUGUGCAGGAGUUGGACAGGAUCGUGCUUCGGAAGAUCAGGGAGGAUAUGACUAAAGCUGGCUUGACUAAAUUCGUUAGGUGGGACAAGGAUGGCUGCUUUGGAUCGACGUAUGUGAUACAAAAACAAAAGGAUCUGAACAGA